AUGCAGCGUAUUUUACCUUCUGUCGCACCAAAUCCCAAAGAAAGAAUGGAGCUGUACAAACUGUGCGUGUCCAACACAGAUGAUCCUCGAGUUUGGUUAACAGGUUGGUUCUACCUAGCAGACGACCCAGCAAAGAAUCCCAAAUUUGCAGAUAUCUAUAGGGAGAAUGUAGCAGAAUGGUUUUCUUGGGGGUUUUUUGCCUCAUCAAUGGAAGACGUUCUAAACGAUGAAAGCGCAACGGAAGACUUGAUAACAAUGCUUGACGAUUUCGAAAACAAGUAUAAUGUACACUUUAAAGAUGGCUUUAACGAAAAUGUGGUUGCUUAUCGACUCACAUUAGAUCCUGUACAUGCUUAUCAUCGACCACUCGCUUUCUAUACUUUGGUCAUGUUUCUCACCAGCUUAUUUGGAUUCUAUUGCCAAUUUGUCUUGAAGUUGACAAAGUAUGGACCUGAGAAUCGGUCAAAUAUUUGGAGUCUAAUUGAACCACAACAGAUACCUGCAUUCCACAAUCGGGGCCGAUGGAGUCACUGUAAUCAAGGACGCAGCGCCGAUAGCAGCCCCGAAAAUUGUCAAAUGAAGGAGGACAGCCCCAACAAAGUACCUUAUUGGUUUCGUGAUGGUGAUCGUUCACUAAAACCUAUAGUAUUUAUACAUGGUAUUGGAGCCGGUGUAAUGUGCUACUUCUUCUUUCUGCUAAAAUUGCUAAAGACGAACGCACCCAUCUUCUUUGUUGAACUACCUUAUGUGUCUAUGCAAUGUACAGAAGAUGUGCCUACCAUGCAGGAGACUGUAUGUGAUCUUCAAAAUAUGCUGAAAAGGCAUCAUUCGAAAGACGCCGUGUUCAUUUCUGUACCAACUUUGUAUACCUCUAUGCUUUCUGUACAAUUACCGAAGAAUACCAUGGUUUAUUUAUCAGAAAAAGACAAUAUAGUUGAAUCAAUGCGCGUUAACGCCUAUCUAAGCCGUAAUGGCGUGAAUACUGUCGUCAUGAAAGGAUUAGAUCAUGCUUCUUUCCUGUUUUCCUCGUCAUGGCAGAAUGAUAUGUUGUCUACCAUCCAACGUUUCAUAUCUCCUGGAGCUGGUGUUGAUGAGGACAAGAAAUCGUAA